CUCCGCUACCAGAAGACAAAGCAAUCCAGUGGAAUGUCUGGAAAGAUUCCCUCAAGGAACUUAUGCAGCUCCAGAUCCAGAGAACCUACAUCUCUGUUUCUCUGCUCGCCACAGUAUACAGAGAGAUUUGUGUGUUCUCAGAUGCAUCAACUAUGGCUAUAUCAGCUGUAGCAUACCUCAGGGCAAUCGAUACAGAAGGACACAGCCAUGUCGAGUUUAUCAUGGGGAAAUCCAAGCUGGCUCCACGUCCUGCUCACACUGUCCCUCGUUUGGAAUUGUGUGCAGCCGUCUUGGCAGUGGAAAUUGCAGAGACGAUAAUGGAUGACAUCGAUGUAGAGAUUCACAAAGUCACGUACUACACAGACAGCAAGAUCGUACUGGGCUACAUACAUAAUGCGUCCAGAAACUUCUAUGUCUACGUGGCAAACAGAGUGACAAGAAUAAGAAGGUCCUCUACCCCAGAGCAAUGGCACUACAUCAACACCAAACUUAAUCCUGCAGAUCACGGAUCUAGGUCUGUCUCAGCGGCUCUCCUACCAGAUACCAACUGGCUGACAGGUCCAGCUUUUCUAAGAAAUCCAGAAGUGGAUGAAGUUCCACAGCUAGAGGCAUAUAACCUUCUGCAUCCUGAGACUGAUGUAGAAGUUCGCCCUCAAGUUUCAACCUAUGCUACGAAAUCCACAAGUGGACUUCCUGGCUCUCACCGGUUUGAAAGAUUCUCCAGCUGGAAAUCUCUUACUCGUGCAAUAGCCAAGCUUGUCCAAAAGGCUAGAGUCUUCUGGAAAACUUCAGACGGUAUCCAGAGAAAAGAUGAACUCAGUCAAGCAAGACUGGUCAUAUUGAAAACAACACAACAAGAUGUGUACAAAGAGUACUUGACGAUCCUUCAGCCAUGCAAGAAGUGGAAGUCAGAAAGACCAAGCUUGCAAGUAGGGGAUGUGGUACUUCUCAAAGACACUCAAGUAAAGAGGAAUGAGUGGCCCACCGGCAUCAUUGAGGAAACCUUCCCCAGCCGUGACGGAAGGAUUCGAAAAGUGAAUGUGACCCGUUUCAGAGGUCGUACUGCUCCUCAGUAAAAAGACAUAGUGGUAUUUUAAAAUACCAGACGGGGAGUGUUAUGCCCCACAAUGUUAUUUUCUAAGACACCUAGUGGUGGAAAUCAGUUUUGCAGUUUGUGUUCUAAUUUGACCCUCCUGUCUUGCCGUAGCCAGCUUAGUGUGGGUGUGUUUCAGAGAGCAGUAGAGAACAGUUGAGAGCAGAUGUCAAACAAACAGGACGUACUGCAGGCUUUAAGCUUUCUUUUCGACUUUGAAGACUUUGAAGGUCUAAACCUUUUUACAAAAUAUACGAUUGAUCCUUCACUAAAAAGACCUAAACUACACUACAUACGCUUGGGACUCUUUUUUCAUCAAGGAUUAUAUCAUGUUAGCUAUCUGCUAAGCUAACCAGCAAAAAGCAAGAGCAGAAUAAGCACAAAGAAGGCGAGCAAGGAACGAGGGAGGGGUGCCAGACGUGAUGCUUACUCAGGGAGAUUGGCUACGUUCUGGCGAAGGUCUCCUGGCUCCGCUGGCUUUUAUGUUGCUCCCUCUCGUCAAGUCCAGAAAAGAGCCAUGGCUGUUCUGAAGCUGGAGGAGUACCGACAGAAGAUCCGCACAGAGCUGAACAACGUGAUGGAUUUCUGGCUUAAGUACUCCCAUGACACCGUCUACGGCGGCUUCUUUAAUUGUAUCGGAAAGAACGGAAAGGUGUACGAUGAACUGAAGUAUGUCUGGCUGCAAGGUAGACAGGUGUGGAUGUACUGUCGCCUAUACAGAACACUGGAGCGUUUCCACAGGCCUGAAAUCCUGGAAGCAGCCAAAGCCGGAGGGACGUUCCUCAGGAAGUUCGCUCGUGUUUCUAGCGGCAGUGGUCAGUGGAAGUGUGCUUUCUGCCUGACACGAGACGGUCAAGCGUUGAAAGUACAAAGGACCAUAUUCAGCGAGUGUUUCUACGUCAUGGCCUUAGACGAACUCAGCCGAGUCACCAAAGACGAGGAUAUGCGGAAAGAAGCUGAACAGAUGAUGGCGCAGCUCAUCUUCUGGGUUCGGGUUGACCCAAAAGGUCUGGGUCGACCCGAGCUGGCCGGAGACACGCCCACCAGCAGCAUGGCUGUUCCCAUGAUGCUGCUGUGUUUAGUGCAGCAGAUCACGGACAGCCGGGAGCAGGACGUUGUGCUAAAGUACAAGGAGCUGGGCAGCUGGUGUGUGCAGCAGAUACUCCAACAUAUUCAGAGGGGGGGCACAGCUAUCUUAGAGAACGUGUCGCCGGAGGGAACAGAGUUACCGGGCUGUCAAGGCCGGCUGCAGAAUCCAGGCCACGCCCUGGAAGCAGGCUGGUUCCUGCUGGAGCACGCCAAGCAAUGGGGAGACCAGCAGCUGCAGGCCACCGCCAUCCACAAGUUUGUGGAGUUACCCUUUAAAUGCGGCUGGGACCGAGAACAUGGUGGCCUCCUCUACUUCCUGGAUGUGGAUGGCCACUGCCCCACACAGUUGGAGUGGAACAUGAAGCUGUGGUGGCCUCACUGCGAGGCUCUCAUUGCCUUCCUCAUGGCCUACAGCCGCACCAAAACGCCACACCUGCUCGAGACCUUCUCUCAAGUGUUUGAAUACGCCUUUAGCCACUUUUCUGACGGCCACAAUGGUGAAUGGUUUGGCUACUUGUCGCAAGAUGGCAACGUCGUACUAGAUUUUAAAGGAGGCCCCUUUAAGGGACCCUUCCACAUUCCUCGCUGCCUGUAUUUGUGUGAACGUCUUCUGGAUGAUCUGCUGAAGAACACGGCUUAACCUUUCCUCACCGUUAUGCUUUUCUUUGUCUUUUUUACAAUCAGAGGGAACAACAAAGCCAGAAUCUUUUUUUAGGCAUCUUUAAAGGUGUAAUUGUAUGAAAUAACCCCCUCAAACUCAUUUAAAGAUGGGAAACUGUUUUUUAAUUGUUUUAUUUUGUUGUUGAUUAACGAUAAAUAAAUCAGCUUAUCAAAUCAGAUCAAA